CACACACACACACCAUGGUCAAGCCGCCGAAGCGCGCGUCGAAGCGCACGUCGACGAAGCAGCGCGAGAAGAUCAAGAAGAAGGUCUCGGAGCACCACCGCAAGGCGCGCCGCGCCGCCAAGAAGGACGUGACGUGGAAGAGCAAGAAGCGCGUCGACCCGGGCAUCCCCAACUCCUACCCCUUCAAGGAGCAGCUGCUGCAGGAGAUUGAGGAGAAGCGGAAUCGCGCCGAGGAGGAACGCAGAGCGCAGAAGGCGGCGCGCAAGACUGGCGCACUGCCGGCAGCAGAGAGCGACGACGAGGACGCCGAGGCAGCCGACGAGGUCGCCGCAGUGGGCGACGAGGACGAUGCGGGCGAGGGAGGCGAGGCGUCGAUUGCCGCCUUGCUGGCGCAGUCCGGCGCGCUUGCCGAGCCCGCCGUGCCGCUCACCUUUCGUGGCACACUCGCGGACCUCUACGCCGCCACGCAGCCGGCCGCCGAGCCGCGUCUGCGCGCCAUUGUGUUUGCGGUGGAUGCGAGAGAUCCGAUUGGAUGGCGCACGCCGCUGCUCGAGGAGGAGCAGGUGGAUGCGCAGAAGAUCAUUGCCCUCACCCGUGCCGACCUCGUGCCGCUCGAGACGCUCGCAGCAUGGCAAGCGUCGAUUGCCGCAUCUUCGGGCUUCCCCGUCUUCCCCAUUGCCAGCCCGCCAGCGGGCGAGAGCAAGGGCAGCGAGCCGCUCAUCGAGCUCCUCAUGUCGCUCGUGCCGGCCGCCGAGAGGGCGCCGCCUGCUGCUGUCGAGGCGGAGGAGGCAGAGGGCGAGGAGGAGGAUGCAGACAUCAAGAAUGCCGUCGUGGUGGUGGGCAUGGAGCACUCCGGCCGCACGACGCUUGCCAAGCUCCUGGCCGCCUCUCUGAGUGUCGCAGCCUCCGACGCAGCGCACGCCGCCACGACAGUGUACGACUCUCCGCCAUUGGUCGCGGCCACUGCGCGUGCGGCGCACCUCAGUGCCGCAGAGCAGGCGGAGGUUGAGGCGGCGGAGGAUGCAGAGGAUGCAGCACACGAGGCUGAGGAGGAUGGAGAGGCCGAGCUGGAGCGCGAGCGGGCACGCGAUGAACGCGCGGCCAUGCGCAUCCUGAUGCGCAACCAAGGCGCCGUGGAGCGCAUCAAGGAGCCAUUGCCUUUGGUGUACGCCCUCGUCCGCCGCGUCAUCAGCCCGACGGACCUGAUGCUGGCAUACAACGUGCCUGCCUUUGGCUCCUUUGUGCCCAGCAAGCACGUCGAUGGCUUUGAAGACCGCGCGCUGAGCGAAAAGGCCGCCAAGGACGCAGAGGAGUUCCUGAUUGGCCUGGCGCGCGCGAGGGGGCGCAACAAGAAGGGCGACAUUCCGGAUACGAUUGCCGCCUCGCGCAUCCUGCUGCGCGACUGGUCGAGCGGAGCGUUGGGCUACUACACUGCGGCGCCCGCACAAGGCGCGCCCGCAAGCGAGGCCGACGUCAAGGCGGCCAAGGCACAGCUGGCGCAGACGCUCGGCGGCGCCAUGCAGCCGCGGAAAGAGUGGCGCAAGCGCUUCGAGGGCCGUGAAGUGCGCCUGCGCUCGAUGGGACAGAGCCUGCUGGACGAGCGUGUGGCGCUCAGCAAGGUGCGGGAAGUCGUCGUGGAGGAGGAUGAGGAGGAUGAGGAGGAGGACGACGACGAAGACGAGGAGAUGGAGGACCUUGACGAGGACGAGGAGAAUGAGUGGGAGUCGGACGAGGCGGGUGAGGACGAGGAGGACGAGGAAGACGAGGAGGCGGAGGAAGUCGUCCCCGAGCCCGUCGUUGCCAAGCCACGGUCGAUCCUCAAGAAGCCCUCCAAGGGCGCCUCUGCCGCCGCCGCAUCCAAGAAGCGUCCCUCUCCCGCCGCCGCGGCGGCCAAGGCGAUGCUGCGUGCGCCUCCGAAGGCGACAGCCGUGGCCGCGCCGAAGAAGACGGCGCGCAUUGCCGACGAGCCGCUCGCGGCACGGAAGCGUGCGGCGCCGGCUGCGCCGAAGAACGCCCUGGCUAAGGCGGUGGCAGAGGCGGAUGCCAAGGAGGAGAACCCGCUGAGCAAGAAGGCCAUGCGGGCGGCGAAGCGGCAGCGACGAUGAGCGUCGAUUGCUCUCCGGGCCCCCACUAGACAUCUUGCUUCCCCUCCACACUUCAUCUGUUGCCUCACUCUCACUCUCUGCAUCGGUUCACGAGUCCAAUCAUUGAUUUAGCUAC